AUCUUCGCUGAUGAAUGCCAUCCCGAAGGAGGACUGGCCCGAUUUCGGCGGAAAGGACUCCCCUUCCCACGGCCACGCGGAUCCCAACUUGACCUACGCGGUGGAGCUUGUUAAGGCGAUGGGCAUCAACAAGACAGGUGAGAAGAUCGGCAGCGGUGAGGGAGAUGGGCUGAAAGGCUGCGCUCGCUCUAUGCCGACCUCCGGGGCCCUCGACCUGGUAGCAAAGAAGAAGAAGAUUCCAUGCUUCGUGACUCCGACUGGCUGGAAGUUCUUCGGGAAUCUGAUGGAUUCUGGCGAUGAGAAGUACUUCCCUGAUACUGAGUGCUACACUCCAUUUAUUUGUGGUGAAGAAAGUUUUGGCACCGGUGGUAACCACGUUCGAGAGAAGGAUGGCAUGUGGGCUGUGCUGGCCUGGCUUCAGAUUCUCGCAAGCAAAAACAAGGAUGAGUCCAAGCCACUGGUGACAGUGGAGGCAGUCACCAUGGACCAUUGGAAGACAUACGGCCGAAACUACUACUGCCGCUAUGACUACGAGGGGGUGGCCUCCGAGGGUGCCAACACCAUGAUGGCAAACUUGAAGGAGAAGUGCGACACCCUGAAAGGUCAAGAAAUCAAGGGCAUGACAGUGGAGUCGGCAGAAAGCUUUGAGUACCACGACCCAGUGGACAAAUCCGUGUCUUCGAACCAGGGCAUUAAGAUCAUAUUCACCGAUGGCUCCCGCAUCGUCUUCCGCCUUAGCGGGACUGGGUCUGCCGGUGCAACGAUCCGUUUGUACUUGGAGAAGUAUGAGAAACCUUCAGGAAACCUGGGCUUGUCGCAGUUCGAGGUGGUGAAGCCGCUGGCCGAGCUGGCGCUGAGCCUCUCCGACCUCACCGGGUAUGCAGAGUUCAGGGCGUCGACGGCGUACAAUUACCCAGCUUUGUCAGAUGUCCAUCGCCAUCUUUACCGCCAUGCGUUGCCAGAGCACUACAUGGUGGCUGUAGAUUUUAAUGCCACCUUGAGGCUUGACCCUACUGGGCAGAUUCGAUUCCGAGAAGAGAAUCCAAAGAGGAAGGCCUCGGCUGCGCAUGCGAGAUAUGAGAAGUACAAGGCUGCGAAAACAGUCUCCGAGUUCCAUGAGAUUUCUUUAGCUCUCGGCAGUUUUGCCAAACAAGACUUCGAGAAUGAUUUCGCCAAGGGCUAUGUCACCUACUGCAAGCCAGAAGCCGCAGCUGAUGACGGAGCUGCAAGUGUUGCUGCAAAGCACGACAAUCUCAGCAAAGGCACAAAUCCUCUUGCCUCAACCCUGAAGCCUACGCCCGAAAUGGCUGUGCCGCAGCCAGGGGCAAGCAUAGGCUCCGGCGCCGCGUCGAGGAGUUCAUCUCCGAGACCACCUGCAUCUGCUGCAACGGACGGAGACAAAGGAGUUGCGAAACGCGCGAGGACAGCUCUGGAGGGUGGCCGGCAGCCAAGGGAGGAUGAUAGCCUCUUCUCACUGGUCGAGCUUCCUCGCAAGGAAGCUCCACCCGAAGUGAAGCCACGUAAGCAGGUCACAGAGCCACAGAGGACAGCAAGGGCAAUGCUUCCACAGCCGAAGGCUGUGGCCCGGAAGAGGAAGGCUCUGGAGCCCCAAGCCAGCACAUCAGAGUUGGUCAGGGAUGUGGUGCCGGACUAUGUUGAGGGACAGCCAGAUCCAUCCGGGUGUGAGGAAACCUUGAAGAAAAAGGCUGCUUUCCUCUCUGACAGGGAGCCAAUGAUGCCCCUGAAUCGGACAAAGUUCGUCUGGGUCGUUCAGCAAGAGAGCCAUGUCUUUUCGCAUGAUCCAAAGAUGGCUGGCCCCCUCAUGGAGAUACAGCGAAGCUCGGCGCGAUGUGCCGUGUGCAGUCAAAAGUGUUACACAGAGCGGACAUUUCGUGUGCGCUGCUAUCUGAGACGGUCGAAAGGAGACCCGCCCGAGUGGAAGCACCCUCGCAAAAUGCGAGCUGAGCAGUACUAUGUUGGCACCCGCUGUAUGGAAGCCUUACUCGGCACUUCGCCCAUCUCCACCAGUCAGGUUCGACAGCUUCGAGAACGAUUGCAUCGAGCACUUGAAGCACGAGAUUUUCAGUUGGAUGUUUGGGCAAGUGUACUACGCCGAGUUGAGCGUGAGCAGCUCCAGCCGUUUGCAGAGCUUCUCGCAGGCGAGCUUAGAGGUGUGCGGCGAAGACGCGCUGCCGAUGAGAAGACCGACAAGUUCCAAGCCAGUACAAGACUGGGGGACUUGCAGACUUUCGAAGACCGUGAGAGGCACCGUCAGUGGCGAUUGGAUCAGCUGGUAUUGAAAAGAUGUCAGGAUCUGCUGGAGGUGUUGCAGGAAGAGGAAACUCAGAAGCUCGCAGAUCGUGUGGAUGAAUCGUCGAAGGUGAUCAGUGCUCCGAAUGUCAUUGAUGACCUCCUGAGUAUUGCGACAAAGGGUGCAGUCACGACAGAGUCGUU